AUGGAACCUUCGCAAGGACCUGUAGCGGCCGCAACGGAAGAAGCCCCGACGGCGGAGGCCACCGGAGGAGUGAUGGAAGAGAAGCGGAGAGAAUCGCCCACAACACAGCCCACAGUUCCGUCGGAAGCAACCUCAUCACCACCAACAUCACCACCACCGAAAUCAGCAUCACCGGUGACAGCAGCACCAUCGGUGCCAUCCACCACCGAACCUGCCGUCGGUCCUCAUCAGGAGGACACCACAUCCGAGAUCACCACAUCGGAGGUCCGGGUUCCGGCCGAGACCGUGGCAACAGGCGGCGACUCUGCACGAUCAUCGUCACCGGCCGGUGGUGUCAGCGAUCCUCCAGCCAUUGUCGCCGAUCCACCGAAGGCGACUCCGGCGGAAGUGCCGGAAAUUAGUACGACAUCUGUGGAGCCGGAGGAAGAAACGUCUCCAGUUCCGACCGAACGGCGGCCCACCAAUGGCGGCGGCCUGGAGAGUCCCGAAUCGGUGUCAAGUCCGUCUCGUGGGAUAUCCGAAGGUCCCCCCCUAGCGACGUCUUCCGCCUGUACGGCGUCAGAGAGCGGAGGAACCUUGAAAGAACCAUCACCAGCAGCAGCGGCGGCAGCAAGCGGCGAGUUCCAAGCAAGCUCUGCCGCCGUCGCUACAACGCCUUCCAAUGUUCCGCUGGUGGACUCCUCGACCUCGGACGCGGAUGGUGGCGCGAGUUCGGCGCGAGAAUCUCAGCCUCGUGACACGAGUCACGACGACGACGCCGACAACGUGGCGAAUGCCUCAACCACCACCACCACCGAUGACGGUGAUCGUGCAGGGCAACGAUCAACCCGAUCACCACCACCACCACCAGCAGCGGCUGUGAUAGACGAGAAGCAGGAGAAGCGAAGUGACCAAGAUGGUGGCGACCAGCAGGAUGCCGGACGACAGCAACCUUCGGCCACCGACGACGGCUGCGAACCGAACAAUGUGAUAGACCGACGCACGGCGUCGGAAGAGCGUCCGAAGGAGCCAACGGAGGACGGUAGUCCAGGGCAGGGAGGCAACCACGGUACCAUCACGCCCAAUGUGGAGGCACCACCGGCAGUUCCGCCACCGGAACCAGACCCGGGACCUGCCGAGGAACCGGUGCAGGUCGGUUCCGGGACUCCCCUUCCUGACUACACACUGCCACCGUCGAACGCUCCGCGCAACCCGCUCCAGUUCACGGACGUGGCUAACGAUGAGGUCGAGCUGAAGGUGGACGGAGGUCAUCUGCUCGAUCGCGUGAUCAAACUGUCCCUCCUGAAGGGCCUCCAGGACAGUGGGAAGCGGUUGGCGAAGAGCAGCCUCAUCAUUUCCGGGGGUAGCGGUACCGAGGGCCCGAACGGGGAGGGCGCCACCCUCGCGACGACCUCGUCGCUGAGCAAAGCGAAAAGUAGUGCGGCCGCGGCCGCCGCCGGUCUGCAGCGGCUGGUGACGGAGGACCACAACAAGACGACACCGCCGGCCCUGCAACCGGCCGCCGCGCCGGAGACGGUGCAAGAGGUGGCCAGCAGUAGCACGAAGGAAGCGGCGGCGGGGGAUCCCGACAGCAGCCGGAUACGCCACUCGAGUGAUAGCAACAGCAGCAGUCCUCCGUCCAGUGCCGGUGAGGGUCCGGUGCGCUGCAACAGUUCGUUGGACUUCCGGGAAGAGAUGGCCACGGAACCGAAGCUACCGGCGCCUCCUCCCGGUGGUGACCACCUGCCGAUGAAGGCACGCAAACCGCAGUACUACGCCAGUAUUCCGGACUUUUCGAAGCAGGGGCUGGCGGUGGCCCCGACCCCGACGACGGCCGGAGCCCCAACCAGCAGCAGCACCGCCACCGUGACGACGACGACCAAGAGUCUGACGCAGCUUCACAUGAAGACACCCGACUUUAGCCGGAUCGUUCCGGUUCCGGGUCCGGGUGGUGGUUCACCACCGGUGGCCCCGCCGCCUCCUCCGACGACAUCCGCGUCGGCGAUGCUGCUGCGAACCACCAGCGAGCUGAAGAUCUCGAAUCCGGACUUUUCGAAAGGAUUUGCCAAACAUUUUCAGCCAACGCAGCCACCACCGAAUCACUAUCUGCCGCCGUCGGCAACGGCCCCACCACCACCACCACCGGCAACAUCGUCCGCCCCGUCGUCGUACACCGUGUCACCGGACACGUUCAGCCAGCUGAUCAAGGAGCGCAACUACAUAGCGGAUCUGCAGCUCAAAAACCCACCGCCGUCAGCGCCGACGGUCGGAGGGCUUCCGACGGCGGCGGUGGCUCUCGGUCGGGUCGAGAGCACGAGUGGCGGCGCCCCCCGGAAGCGGCCAUCUCCGCCGCUGUACCAGCAGCAGCAGCGAGGGGGCCCGAUCGAUAUGGACAUCGAGCCGACGGCGCACGUCAUCCACCGGUCCCCGGGCCAUCCGACGGUGGCCCCUCCAAAAACCUGGAACCCACCACCGCCGACCACAUCGUCGUCCCCGGUACCCUCGCGUGACCCAUCACCGUCCUCCUCGUCAUCUUCCUCACCACGGCCACCGGGUUGUUACGGGGUGAAGCCACCGGAGCGACUCGUGGUAAACAACGUCCGGACGUACUACCCGCCAGAACCGAUCGGUCCACCACCACCCGGUGCUGGUGGCGGCCUCCCGAAGGUGAAGGACCCGGAGUUUCGAUUGGACCACAAGGAGCAACAGCUACUGCAGGAGGGCACCACGAUCGUUACCGUCCGGCAACAGCGAGCGGCGGGCAGUGGCAGCGCUUCGCAACCGGCCUCGCCGGCGGCGGCCCCAAGUGCCCGAGGCGAAGCGCAGAUGCUGCAGAACUCACAGGACAUCCUUUACCGGGACUAUCGGCAGCAUAAGCGACCGGCGGCGGCGGCGUAUCCGUCGGAUCCGGUCGCAUAUCCGUACCCUUAUCACCAUCACCAGCAGCAGCACCAGCAGCAGCUGCAGCAUCGGCCAGUCGCCCCACCUGGGAUGAUGCAUCCUCCACCGCCGGCCACCAGCCAGGGGCCCCCCGCUGCGAACCCUCCGUGGUCUGGCCGGGGUGUGUCACAUAACCAGCCUCUGCCUCCGCAUCCGCACGGUCAGUACAGAAACAGCUCACCGAGCCCGGUGUCCGGAUCGAGUUACGCCCCUGCCGCCGCAUACGGUCCCCUACGGGCCCCGUACCCGGCGGACAGUGAUCGCGAGGUGACGACGGCAAUCAGCUACGGCCAGAAGGCCUACAAGGGGUUGGACUACAACAUGGAGCAAAAGUUUGCAGAGGUCUGCCAGGCGCACCAGCAGAAGGCGGCGGAACAGCAGCAAGCCCAGGCUCAGGCUGCGGCCACCCGGCGUCCCGCACCGCCGGCUGCCCCGCCGAAAGUUUACGGUUACGAUCCGUAUCAGCAGCACCAUCCGGCGUACUAUCACAUGGCGACCGGGACAGGAGCGCCUCCCCAUCAUCAGACACCGUCGCCGGUGUCGACGCCAUCGCCAGGUCCGUCACCGCAUCACCCACCAUCCCCGCACGUUCGGAAGGGUCCGACUCAUCCUGGACCACCGUCGCGGGAUCCGUCUCCGAUCGCAGCCCCUCCUGGUGCUCCGCCGCCGCACCAUCAACGCUACGGAUCGCCGCCGGAGUCCAGUCUGGCGCCGUAUCAUCCGCAGCAACCGCCGCCUCACCACCAUCAGAAGCCCCACGGGCCACCGAAGGUGGCGAGCGCACCGACCCCAACCACCACCGGGCCCCCGUAUCCGGUGGCAUCUUCAUUGUCGUCGGUUUCGUACCCGUACCCGGGUGGCUACCCGGCGGCCAUUACGACCUAUUCCCCUGCAAACCAUCACCACCACCACCAGUCGGUGAUCAACAAUGCGUACGAUCGUUCGGGGACGGCACCCGCUGCAACACCAGGAUCGGGAGGCUACGGAGGUCCGGGUGGACCCGGACCGAAGGCCGCCCCGUAUCACCACAGCGCCGCGGCGCCAUCCCGCGUGGCCGCGAGUUACUAUCCGGCACCGCCACCGGUGGCAACUCCCGCGGCGGCAUCAUCGGGAAGUAAAAACAUUCCCGUGAGGGUCAUUGCCACGGCCCCACCGGCAGCCGCCCCGGCCGCCGGGACUUCCAGCUCGGUGCCACCGCCACGUCCCUCGGAAACUACCCCAACGGGUGGUGGCGCUGGGGUGAUUGUACCGGCGAAGCGGGAAUCUCCGCUCGAUCUGUCGGUAAAAACGGUCAAGACGAAGGCGGAUUCGACGGGCGGGUGCGAUGACUACGGAAGCAGCGGUAGCAACAGCAGCACCGGUGGCGGCGGUGGCUCCCGGGCGGAGCUGCUCCCCCCGAAGCUGGACUUUAGUCCCAACUUUAAGAAGCACAUUCCGCACGCAACGGGACCGACGGGAGGUAGUAGGCCAGCGGAACCGGUGCCGCCGGUGCCUUCGGCACCGCCACGCCACGUGUCCGUCAUCAGCCCGGCGAUCCCGCCCGGGUACGACAAGCGGACGGACGCGUACAUGUCAGCGAACUACCGGGCGGUCGGAGGGCCGCUCCUGCUGGUGGCCCCCCCACAUCAGCCGUAUCCGGGUGCAGCCGGCAAACCUGGCGGUCUAUCGGAGGCCGUCGCUCAACCGGCGCCACCAGCGGUCGCCGGAACCAAAAGCGUCUACUACCCGCCGUCGUCAUCGGCCAGUGCGAAACCCCCCGUAGGUGGCGGUGGGGGCAGUAUCGUGACGGGAGUGGCCUCAACGGGCCGUCCGCAGACGGCGGCGCCGCCCGCAGCCCGCGGCCCGGAUGAUGCCCGGAUCGCCGAUCGCAAGUUCGUGGAGAGUAUGCUGCGGAAGCAGACGUCCCCGUCUUCGGACGUGAUGGCGGACCUGCAGUCGGGCAAGUUCCCGUCCCGGUUGCCCCAGAACAUGGUCCCCAAGAAGCGGGCGGCGGCGGCAGCUGCCGCGGCUGCGGCAGCUGCCGAGGCAGCCCGGUCGGCCCCGCUGAUCGCAUCGACGGCCAACGCCGCUGCCGUGGGGACGGUGCCCAGCCCGGCCAAGGUGGCCAAGUAUGAGGAGUAUCCGCAUCCGCAGCCGCAGCCGGGUUACUACGAGGGCUACCACCGAUCCGGAUACCUGCAACAGGGCGGCGCUCCGGUGCUCUAUCAAUCACCACAGACCUCGACCUCGGGCCCGGCCACCUCCUCCUCGUCCGGUUACGGGCCUCCGGAGGGUCACUAUUCCUUCGCCGCCGCUUCCGGUAGCAAACGGCCCCCGGAAUCGGGUUCCGUGGCGACGAUACACCCGUCGGUGAUCACGACCAACUAUCUGCACCAUCAGCACCAAGCUCCACCGGUGGCCCCGACAGCCCCGCCCCAUCACUAUCCGGGGCCUGUGCCAGACAUCCGGUACCACCAACUGCCACCGUUUCCACUGCCACCGCCACCAGCGCCCGUUCCGAAGGGACGUUCCGAGGAACCGCUGGUCGUUUACCAUCACGCCCAGGCGCACCUGCGCGGUGGAUCCUCGGCCCCCUACACGACCCUGGCCACCACCGAGCGGCCGGCACCGUCCUUCGCCUACUACCCCGCCAAGGGGGGGCCGCCGCCGCCGGCGGGCGAUUUGCUUCACCUGGACGUCGGCACUGCCGUCCGUUACGGUCCACCCAAGACGAUCGCACCGGAAGGACCUCCACCGCCGCAUCACUACCCGGCGGCAGUGGGUCCACCCAUGGCCAACCAUGGGCCGUCUCCACCACCGCACCGGGGAGCCGAUCAGUCGGUGAUCUCGAAGUUGCGGACCAGCCUCGAGCUGAAGGAGUACGAGAAGCAGCGCAUCAGCCAGCUGCGGAAGCAACCCCCGGAAGAGGAUCAUCAUCUUCAACCUCAGUUCCAUCAGCACCACUCCCAGUCACCCCAGCAGCAGCAGCAGCGUGGGUCGGCGAUCGUCCUUAACGGCGCGACGAAAGGCCCCGAAAGUGGUCCCGCCGUCGGUAGCGUCGUUUCGCCCACCUCCGCGUCCUCUCCGGCGUCCCGGUUCCGGACGAAGGGCGAACUGAAGGGCUACACACCGCUCCCACCGACACCUGCCGUCCCGACCCCGACUCCGACGCCGAUCGGGCGUGUUCCGAGUCCCGCGCCGGAGCCCGGAGGUGACCCGGAGCCGACCACCGUCGUGCGACCGACGGGUGACCUGGACGGGGCGUCGGCACUCGACAUCCUGGACUGGGGCAGCGCCUGCAACGAGUUUGUCGAGCAGCUGCAGACGGGCAAGAAGCGAGGCCGGCGGAAACAGUCGGCUCAACGGGGACCGCAGCCCGCCGAGGACUCACUGAUCAAGGCGGCCGGAGACGAGACGGCAACUACCGGCGAUCUGUCGACCGUCCCGCGCGAUGUCCUGCACUCGGCCCGCACCCCACUGAUCGCGAAGGCGCCCAGUCCAGGGAGUCCCAGUUCGAGCGAUGAAGACAAACCGCUCCUCCUGCUCCGGCGGCAGCAAUCGCAACCACCGGCCGCGGGCCAGGAGGAGGCCGAGCGGCUGACGGAGAAGAUCGUGCGCAAUCUGCGCGAGAAGCAGCGGCUGCAGUCGGAACAGAAGCACGAAGCGAAGCUGGGCAGUCCGAGCAGCUCGGACGGGGAGGGCGCAUCGCCAGCCGCCGCUGACCGGCGGAGGCGCCGGCUGCGGGCCAGGGUGCGCAAGCUGCGCCAGAGGGCUACCGUCGUGCCCGCGGUUCGCUCCGGAUCCGACGGCGACGUGACGGCGGACGGGGCCGAAGACGAGAAGGCCGGGAAGCGGCCUCGCAUCGAAGGGGGUGGUGGCCGCCCCGGAAGGCGUCCGAAGCGCCGGCUACGGUCCGGAUCACUCCCGUCCUCAUCGUCCUCCUCGGGGAGCUCCUCGUCCUCGGAUGGUGAAGUGGCGAAGAAAGCGCAGGAACCGCAACCCGCCGGGCCGGCUGCGCGGCCAAGAGGACGACCCCGGGGCACGGGUAGGGGACCGAAGGGGGGCUCCGCCCGGCAACCAGGGCCAGCACGGUGCCAGAGUGGACCGCUGCGGCAGGAUGCGAACCCCAACAGUGACCUCAGUUCGGAUGAUGACACGGAAUCGAAGGGACUGCGAGCGGGCGGCGGGGCACUGGCCACCGCCAAAAGUGACACACCGGCGCAGGGGACGUCGGCCUCCGGUAAGAAGCGUGCCGAUGGAGGAGGCAAAGAACCACCGUCCAGUGGCAGUGGAGGAGGCAAGGCUCACCCGGAGCAGACGAAAGGCGUCGUGAUGGGCGGCGGCCGGCGGGUCGUUGGGAGGCCACCGCGCUCGUCAAAGCAGUCGAAGUCGUCCUCCAGCUCAUCGUCCAGCUCCGGGUCCGGGUCGACUUCCGGCUCGUCGUCCUCGUCGUCCGCAUCGUCGUCCUCGGCCUCGUCGUCGUCCGACUCCGAGAAGGAGGAUCGCGAGACGAUGACCCGUUCGCGCAGUAAACGGGAAGCGGAACGGCGCCGCACCAACAGCAAGGUCCUGCGCAACGAUAAGAUCGUCGAGAACUGCACCUCCACCCGGGGGCGGCCUGCCAAGAAGGAUGCCAGUGCCGCCGGAGUGAAGAAGAAAAAGCGCCCUCACGAGACGGACUCGGAUCCGCUGGGGGCGGCCAAGCGCAAACGGUCCCGUACCAACACCCAAAACACCAUCUCCACUGCCACCACCACCACCACGUCUUCUACUUCUGCGGUGCCAAAAAACGUCCUGGCUAACUCCUCGGCGGCCGAAUCGAUCGCCGGGGAGAGUGGCGAGGAGCAGACCGGCGACGGUGGUCCGCGGCUACGAUCGCGCAAAGGGAAGCCGGUGGCGGCCGCGGCGUCGACGUCGACAGUGAGUCCACCGCGCGGGUCUCGGCGAGCCAGUACGGUCAGCCAGAAGAGCGCCAGUGGCCAGAAGCCGCAAGCCGGUCAAACGCCCCAGCGGAAGAAGUCGGUGAAAGAGGGCGUAGGUCCUGCGGUGACGGUGCCGCCGCCACCGGCGGCGGAACCCGAUCGGCCGGAUCACUUCUACCCGGGCUGGGAGAAGGAGCUGUACGAGUACAAACGCUCGCUCAAGGUCCCACCGGAGCUGAUCACGAUCGACGGGGGCCUCUACAUGCACCGGAUCUCCACCUCGCUGCCCGAUCUGGAUUCACCGCACCACAGCGACGGUUCGGAGACGUUCUCGGAGAUCGUGAAGAAGCUAAACCAGCGCGAGGUCGUGAAAAAGCAAAACCAGAACCAGGUCAAGAUGAAAGCGGUCACGAAGCAGCAGCACCGGCCACGGCCACCACCACCACCGGCCACACUACCGGUAGCGCUACCGACCGCCAGCAGCAACAGCAAAAAGUUUAGCUCGAUCAUCGAGCUGCUGCAUCGGCGCUGCCUGGCGACGAUGAUGCAGCAGGGCAAGGGUUCCUUGGUGGCCACCUCAACAGGAGGUCGCCCGAAAGGAGGGGCCAGUGGCGGCGGAUCGGGAGCGAAGAAAUCGAACCCACUGACCAAUAACAACAACAACGAGGUGGUGGUUUUGGGAGGUGCGAAGCCGAAAACUGAGUUCGAGCUCCUGCCGACGCCGGGGGCCGAAUCGGAGUCCCUGUUCGCGAAGAACAAGAAGAAAAAGUCCCUGUUCGACACGGCCAUCCUUAAGUCGCGGACCCGCACCGAGCAGAAGGCGAUGCAGAGCAAGGAGAUCAUCCGCGAGGUGUUUGGGGGCGACGAGGAGCGACCGCAGUCGGCCCCGCCGCUCGGUGGCAGCUACGAUGAGACGUACAACGAGCUGAUGAGGAACGUGGACAAGAUCGUCGGUGAACUGGACGGUGGUGGAGUGGCUACAGCGGCGACGGUGAAGCAGGAACCGAUCGAGGAUGAAGAAGAGGACGACGGCGGGGAGGAAGAAGAAGAGGAGGACGAUGGUGACGAGGAUAGUAGCAGCGUGCGGAUGAAGGACUCGGAACGGGACACUCCGUCGAUCGCAUCGGAACGUGACCUUGGGACUCCCGUGCCACCACCACCAGCACCACCAGCACCGCCAGCCGCUCCAGCGGUCGGCACGGAACAGAAACGCAACCGCCGUGGCCGCCAUCGUCCGUCCCGCCGGAAGGGCAGUUCGGGGUUUGAUUACAUUCGCAAGAAGAAGAAGCCCACUUCACACCACCAAGCGGCGGCGGCGGCAGUGGCCGCGGCUAUGGCGGCCUCGGCGGCCGGUGGUUUGAAUGGGGAGCUCGGGGGCCACGACGCCACGGUGGUCAUGAGUCGGAAGAAGGUGCCCGCCUUCGAGGCGCUGGAGGUGAAGGACGAGACGCACAUCAGCAAGGAAAUCCGCAGCUGGGUGCUGAACAAGGGCGUCGGCGAGAGCGUGAUGCACAAGGCCGCCCGCCUGGGCUACACGGACGUGAUCGUGUACUGUCUGGAGCGGCUCGAGAUGGACCCGGAUCUGAAGGACAACGCGGGCUACACGCCACUGCACGAGGCGUGCGCCAAAGGCCACCUGGACAUCGCGCACUACCUGCUGCAGUACGGAGCGAGCCACUCGGAGUCGGCCCCGUCCGGUAUGCGGCCACUGCACGAGGCGGUGGAGAACUCGUUCGUGGAAAUCGUGCGCCUGCUGCUGGCGUUCGGUGCCGAUCCGCUGCUGACCACGUACGCCGGGCUUCGGCCGACCGAGCUGGCCGAAAGCGACGACAUGCGCCUCUUCCUGGACGACCAUCUGGCCGACGUGCAGAGUGUGGCACCGAACAAAGCUGGCUGGAAGUUUGACGGCCCUUGGAAGAUACAUGAUCCAGAAGAGAGUGGGUGCAACGUGUUCGCGGACAUUCCACCGAGCGGUGGUGAAGGAAGCGCCGGAACGACGGAAACGAACGGACCGAUAUCGCUCAACACGAGCGAUCGCAGCAGCAGCCACGGUCCCUCAUCGGUGAUCGGUGAUGGGACGGAAGCGCCGGGCAGCGGGCGGUGCGAUUCCAACUCGAACCUGGUGCACUAUGAAGCGACAGUGAAUGGGCUAGACGAGGAGGAGAUGGUUGUCCCGGAGCAGGAACCCGGCAGAAAGAAUGAUGUCACCGUCGCCGUCGUGGCGGACAAGACGGAUGGUGGUGGGCUGCGAAACGGGAAAAUCAAGCGUGAACCACGCUUGAAGGAGGAGGCCACCGCUGCGGUGUUGCUGGUGAACGGGAGCGGCGCCAAAGUGGCCACCAAAGCGAAGGUGGUGCCGAGUCGAGGAGCGCAUUCCGAGCAACCGGUCGCUGGUGUCGAUGAUCUGGAUCGCCACGAUGGUGACGAGGAGGAGGAGGAAGAGGAGGACGACGACCUGAUGUUCGAGUACGAGGAAGCGGAUCGUCCACUGCCGCCACUGUACGUGCUGAAGGACGAAAACAACGAACGGUGGAUGCUGAUGAGCGAUCUGUGCACCUUCCUCAAGUUCAAAUCGAAGGAGGCCGUACUGAAACAGAUCUGUCCCAACACUACGCCCCAGACGAGCCAGCGCGAUCUGAUCCGGGAGAUGAAGAUCGAGGAGUUCCUAGCGCGGGCCAACUGCCUGCAGCUGCUGUGCGCCGGCGAGAAGCUCAACAUUCACGCCUCCAAGGUGGUGCUGGUGAAGUACAACGAAAGCGUGCGCAGCCUGCUGCAGGUGCAAAGUGUCGUGACGCGCAUCUAG